AUGUACUUCGUAUUCACAAUCUUCGCCUUCAUCACCCUCGCGGCUGCUCGACCGCUCGGUGACCAAGUAUCAUCGAACUUCAGCCACCUCGACGUCUCCUAUCACUCCCCGGACGCCAGGAUGCAUGGUGAUGAAAAAGUUGUACACAUUGACGUUAGUGAAAGCAUCGAUCCUCACAAAACCACAAUGAAAUUUAAUCGUACUUUUGCUGGAGCACAUUUUGCUACUGCCUACAAACUUCUACACCGCCCAACAACAACAACCAUUUCGACCACCUCACGAUCCCGAACUGUGACAUCAUCGACUACUGCGUCAAUAAUCAUCGCAGUGCCAAACGGCACCACCCGAAUAAUCACCACAACCACCGAACCCGCCGAGUCAAUCGAAAAACCUUUCACCAUCGCCUCUUACUUUCAAACUCUCGUUACGAUCAAAAUCGACUCGAAACUCAAGUUUAUUAUACGCUCAUUCCAAAAACUUACGAAUCAUUUUAAUCUAUAUUGUGACAAUUCAACAGAGGACCAGACAUCACCCCCAACGACGUUCACUCCCAUCCAAACAACCACCAUCGAACCAGAGCGCAAUGUAUCAAAACCUGAAAACGCCACUGUCGUCAUACAACAACUUAUGGAGCAGAACCGUAGAUUAAUGAAUUAUAUCUCCAGAUUUAAAAUGAAUCAAACAUCCACACCCGAUUAA